AUGCUCUGGCCGUUCCCUACAGAGGCUCGCCGCGGCCGCCCUUACCUGAAAGCGGAGGAGAAGCUGUCGCAGCCGCCGCCGCCGCCGCCGCGCCCCGGCCCGCCCUGCCAGCUCAGCGCCCGCGCCUCAGGCACGACGGGGCAGCCCUGCUGCCGGGGUCCUCACAAAGAAAGGCCGUCGCCAUGGAGACGUAGCGUGCGCUGGUGGCCGUUAAGCCACGGAAGUGCGGUCGAGGGAAGCUUUCUGAGUCGGGUCCACGGCGCCGGGCGUCUAACAGUACCGACGGCGAAACCUUCACGCGCGCGCGAUGCUGGGUCAGGGUCGCGGCGGCCGCCACCUCCGCCCUCGCGGGCAGCACGCCGGGUUACCACCGGCAGCGAAAGUAGCACACGUCGCCUAGCAAGGGUGCGGGGCGGGGCCGUGGGCGGUCCCGGCCUGUCGGAGACAUCCGCUUCCGGGGCCGCAGCCAUCGUGUUCUCCGGCUUGGCAGGCCAGCCAGCCGAGGCCGAGUACCUGUCCCGGGCACCUACGACCGCUCUUUCUCAGUCGCCCUCUUCCUGCAGCCUGCCGUGUGCCCUCUGUUGCCCGCCUCCUGGGCCAGUCAUGUUUGAGCAUCUGAGUUCGCUACCCACGCAGAUGGACUACAAGGGCCAGAAGCUGGCUGAACAGAUGUUCCAGGGAAUUAUUCUUUUUUCUGCGAUAGUUGGAUUUAUCUAUGGGUACGUGGCUGAACAGUUCGGAUGGACUGUCUAUAUAGUUAUGGCUGGAUUUGCAUUUUCAUGUUUGCUGACACUUCCUCCUUGGCCUAUCUAUCGCCGACAUCCUCUCAAGUGGUUACCUGUUCAAGAUUCAGGCACAGAAGAUAAGAAACCAGGGGAAAGAAAAAUUAAGAGGCAUGCUAAAAAUAAUUAAUUGGCAUUUUCAUGAUCAGCACCUCCUUUCAUUUCCUGUGAGAUGAGCUAAAUUGCUUUCUACCCAAAAUAUAAGCUAAACCACCUAUGCUCUUACCAAACAGUUGUGUAUAGAUUUAGUUUCAUUUCUAACCUAGGUGGGUUUGGACUUAUAGUUCAGACCCUCUUUUCAUAAUCUUCCUCUGAAAUGUGGAACAGAAAACACAAGUAUGUUGUUUCUUUCAGGUAUACAUAAAUACCAGAAUAAAUGCCUCAGAUCUGUAAAAAGAUAAUACAAUUCAACUAUCAAAGUUUUAUAAUUCAUUAUAAGUCAUUAAACCAUAUUAAUGUUUCCAAUGAAAAUGCAUAGUG